GCCUCCUCGCUGCAGAUCGCCGCACUCUGCAGAGACCCGCUCUUAUUGCGGGAGGUUGCAAUGUAUAUCUCUGGUAGAUGACUACGCUUAACAUUUUUUUUUUUUAACAUUUGCAGAAGCAACGGUGCAAAUAUUUUUUAGCCACCAAAUUGCGUUUUCCAGAGCAGAGUCUUCCCGGCAUUGCAGUUUGCGAGUCAGAGCCGGUGCUGAUCAUGAUGUCACAGCUACUGGAGACUGGCUCGUCCAUCCUGGGAAAUGCCGUGGAAAAGGUGGUGGAAGGCAGCUUGACGUCCACCGUGCUGGUUACUUCAGUUUUUAUCUUGGGUCUGGCGUAUUUCUCCAAAAUGACCUUAAAACAUUCAAAAAAUCCGGACAUGAAGUACCCGCCAUACAUUCAUUCUAAUAUUCCAUUCUUUGGACACGCAAUCGCUUUUGGAAGAAAUCCGAUUGAUUUUUUAGAAAAUGCAUAUUUUAAAUAUGGUCCUGUGUUUAGCUUUACAAUGGUUGGGAAGACAUUUACGUAUUUGCUGGGGAGUGACUCUGCGGCUUUGCUCUUCAACAGUAAAAAUGAGGACUUGAAUGCGGAGGAUGUUUAUUCCAAGCUUACAACACCAGUUUUUGGCAAAGGAGUUGCUUAUGAUAUUCCGAACCCAAUUUUUUUGGAACAAAAGAAGAUGCUCAAAACUGGUCUGAACAUUGCACAAUUUAAACAGCAUAUCCCUUUGAUUGAAGAGGAAACCCAUGAGUAUUUUAAACGUUGGGGUGACAGUGGAGUCAGAAAUUUGUUUGACGCCCUCUCGGAGCUGAUCAUUUUAACAGCCAGCCGAUGCUUACAUGGUAAAGAGAUUCGAAACCUGCUCAAUGAGAAAGUUGCUCAGCUGUAUGCUGACCUUGAUGGUGGUUUUACACAUGCUGCGUGGCUUCUUCCUAGCUGGUUACCUCUUCCCAGUUUCAGGCGACGGGAUAAAGCACACAGAAAGAUCAAGAAUAUAUUUUAUGAUGUAAUUAAGAAACGGAGGGAGUCAAGUACAAAAGAAGAUGACAUCUUGCAGACCUUACUGGAUUCUAGCUACAAGGAUGGAACACCUCUGACUGACGAUCAAAUUGCAGGCAUGCUUAUUGGGCUGCUGUUGGCAGGCCAGCAUACAUCCUCCACUACCAGUGCCUGGAUGGGAUUUUUCUUGGCUAAAAAUAAAGAGCUGCAAGAGCGUUGCUAUGCAGAGCAGAAAGCUGUGGCUGGAAAAGACCUGCCCCAGCUCCACUAUGAUCAGCUGAAGGACAUGACUUUGUUGGAUCGCUGCUUGAAGGAAACUCUGAGGCUCCGUCCUCCAAUAAUGACAAUGAUGAGAAUGGCCAGAACUCCACAGACUGUUGCUGGCUAUACUAUUCCUCCUGGCCAUCAAGUUUGUGUUUCUCCUACCGUCAACCAUAGACUUAAAGACACUUGGGAUGAAAGAUUUGAUUUCAACCCGGAUCGCUAUCUCCAAGAUAACCCAGCAGGCCAGCAAAAAUUUGCGUUUGUACCUUUCGGUGCAGGUCGACAUCGUUGUAUUGGAGAAAAUUUUGCAUAUGUACAGAUCAAGACGAUCUGGUCCACUUUAAUCCGUUUGUAUGAAUUUGAACUUGUUGAUGGAUACUUUCCAGCAGUGAACUAUACAACCAUGAUACAUACUCCUGCUAAUCCGGUUAUCAGCUACAAGAGGCGAAUGAAAUGAGAAGUGGACUAAUAAAACAUUAAUUGUGCUGUUUUUCAGUGACUUGUUUAUGUUGUCAAAUGAUUUCAUUAGUCUAUUAUAAAAUUUAAUUCUAAUUCAGUAUUGAUAUUACAAUUGCUGUUUAUUUAAUUUUAAAUUAUCAAGAGUAAUUGGGAUCAGUUUUGCAAUGGUCGUCCUGAAAUGUCUCUGCUCAAAUUACAGUUGGAUCACCUCUUACCUGCACUCUCUUAAACUCUCAAAGGCAGGAGCUAAUUCAAUCUAUUUGAAUUAUUCCAUCCACUGAUUUGGAAUACGUAAUUUAAUACUAACUUUAGAAUGUCCGAUGUUAAAUGUAGGGAACAUGUUGCAUUUUUUUUUCAAUGGUGGGGUGCAUGCAUGAAAAUUAGGGAGUGAAGUUUGCUUUUAAAUAUAAAUUGAGUGUUUCUGAAAUGAUGGAAAUUGAGUUGUAGAAAAUGUACUUGAGCUUGGGAGGGAUAAUUGUAGCUUCACAGAACAGGAUUGCUUGGGGCUUUGAAAUUGUUUACUCAUUUAUAAAAAUCUCAAUUUGCUCUGGUGAAUGUAAUUGUUUAAUAUGUACAGAAGGCCAAUGUUACAUUGUUUUGUUUAUUUUUAAACUACUUAUAUACCACCCAAAUUGGUUGUUUGGCUCUGCAGAUUCAUGUCAUUGUUUAUACACCAUCCUAUGGCUAUUUUCGAACAGUUAGGUUGGAAAUUCAUGGGAAAAAGAAUGACAGCAUGCCUCAUUGGUGGGGAUAUUGAAAAUCAGUGCUAUACCGCACCAUGUAUAAGAUGCUAAUUAGAGAUCUUCAUUUGCAGUAAAUUCAUGAAAACACA